CCCACUGCAGCCAUGUCCUCCGCCGUCGCAUCCAGGAGCGCCAUCCGCCGGCUCAUCAACGCCGCCCAGCACACCGCAUGCCCGUGCCACGGCUGCCGGACCGGCGGCGCCCACAACCCCAUACACGCCCUGCAGCAGAUGCGCAAGUAUGCAACCCCUGUCGAGUCCCUCCCGGUCGAGAAGGAGUACGCGUUCGAGGUGGCCGCCGCGAACCUGCGCUUCGGCGAGGGGGUGACGCGCGAGGUGGGCAUGGACUUCAAGAACAUGAAAGCUCGCAAGGUCGCAGUCUUCACGGACCCGAACGUGGCGAAGCUGCCCCCGGCGAAGAUGGCCAUUGCCUCCCUCGAGGCCCAAGAGGACCUGCCCUUCGUCGUGUACGACCGUGUCGUUGCGGAGCCCACCGAGGCCAGCUGGCGAGACGCCAUCGCCUGGGCCAGGCAGGAGGACUGCAGCCACUUCCUUGCUGUCGGCGGCGGAAGUGUGAUGGACACGGCGAAAGCGGCUAACCUCUUCUCGGUUUACAAAGACGCGGAUCUCUUCGACUUCAUCAACGCGCCAGUCGGCAAGGGUCUUCCCAUUACGAAGAAACUCCAUCCACUUAUUGCAGUUCCCACCACCGCGGGUACCGGCUCGGAGACGACUGGAACCGCCAUCCUCGACAUCACCUCUAUGUCAUUCAAGACCGGCAUUGCUAACCGCGCAAUGAAGCCCAUGCUUGGUAUCGUCGAUACCCUGAACACCCGGACUUGCUCGAGGGAGUUGCACAUCAGCUCUGGUCUCGAUGUCUUGUUCCACAGUCUGGAGAGCUACACGGCCAUUCCGUAUACCGAGCGGACUCCUCGGCCUUCCAACCCCAUCCUGCGCCCGGCAUACCAGGGCAGCAACCCCGUCGCCGACAUCUUCUCCAUGUGGGCCCUGCGGACGACCGUGAAGCACUUGCCGCGGAUAUCGAAGAACCCCCAUGACUUUGAGUCGUUGUCGCAGAUGAUGCUUGCUGCGUCCUUCGCCGGCAUUGGUUUCGGUAACGCCGGAGUGCACCUGUGCCACGGCAUCAGCUACCCCAUAUCCGGCCUGAACAAGAAGGGCCCCAAGUUCCAGUACCCGGGAUACAACGUCGACCACCCCAUCAUCCCCCACGGCGUCACCGUCGCCCUCUCCGCGCCCGCCGUCUUCCAGUUCACCGCGCCGUCCUCGCCCGACCGGCACCGCGAGGCGCUCGCCGUCUUCCGCGGGACGGAGGUGUCCGACCCGUCGAUCACCGCGAUCCCGGACAGCGCGGUCGGCGCGCACCUGUACGAGGCGAUCGCGCGCUUCCUCGACGGCCUGGGCGUCCCGCGCGGCCUGAAGGCCGUCGGGUACACGGCGGCGGACAUCCCCGCGCUCGUGGAGGGCACGAUCCCGCAGCGGCGCGUACUGGACCUCGCGCCGGGCGUGGGCGACGUCGCGGGUGAGGAUGGGCGGGAGCAUUUGACGCGCAUUAUCGAGAACUCGAUGGAGUACUAGGUGGAGCAAGUCGUUGCAUGAGAGAGUCGGGGGCAUAUGUGGAUGGAAUUCAGGAUGUAUGAUAGCACAACGAUUUACGACCACUUGUAUAUAUAGCGAUUUUAACGCUCAGUUACUC